UAAUAUACAAAAAAUCCCCACCCUACACGUGUAAAAUCCUCCUUCUCCUGUCCCCUCAAAUUCCCAAUUCAAUGACGUUGCUUAAAUCCCAACUUGUAAGAAACCCAUAAAAAAAAAUCUAAAUUUUUUUGUUUCCCAUGAUUCAACAAAGUAAAUCUGUGAAAUUUCUUUGAGAAUUGCUCAAAAAUCUAAAAAAAGAAUGGUUCAGAGUAAGAUUAAGGUCAAAGAAAAUGACGAAAAUGGUGUUGGACCAUCAAAGAGGGCAAGCACUGCAGAAGUUGAUCACUGGGCUUUUCUGGAAGAAAUUGAGGCACCUAUGUGGGCUGAUCUCUCGUUGGAGUCAAAGCUGAUAACAGAAGACAAUGAUGAUGCCUGGUUUCAAACUACUCAUCCGUUCCAUCGUCAUUCUGCACGUCAUUUAAGAUCUGCAUUUGCACACCCAGAUGUGGAGAAUAAUAUGCUCAACUUAAGCCUUGAAGGGGCAUGUUCUCCGAAGCUUCCAUCUUCUGUUUCGAAAUCAAGAGGCAAGGACUAUAAAAGUAUAGACUGGAAAAGCAAUUGUCGUCAGAUUUCAUUAGAUGAAGACCACCCCGUCAAUGAUUUGGGAGAUACAAGUUCGUUAUUAAAUACAGUUUUAAGUCAGGAAUGUAAACCUAAAGUGAGCCGUGGACAUCAAAGUGAGGCUUCUAGUUCGAUAACCAGUGUGGGGGAUGAUACAGAGGUACGAGUUGCUCUGAAUUCUCAGCCAGCAACUACAAGUGGGGUUUCAGCAAGUACCAUAACAACUGUAAGUUUGCAACGAGAUUCAAAGGUUUUGGAGGUGUCAAAAGAGGCAUUUGGUCAAACAGGUAGUUUGCUGAAUGCGUUGAGAACCAAUCUUAGAAAAAGCUGUGCCACAAGACCAGCAUCGAGGGUUGAGAAAAGUGAUGACAGAGAAUCAAAAGGUCGUAAAUCUUCAGGUGGCAAGUCCAGCGUGGGCUCUUCAAAUACUGGAUAUGAUAUAAAAAGCAAGAUAUCUGCAGUAGUGCUAAAAACUGAUCAGCGCAAGCAUGUGAAAGUAGAGAUGAAUGCAAACAUAGGAUCAAAAGGUCACAAGAAUUGUUCUGGGAGGCCUAAUCUGGGAUCUUCAAAUCCAAAAGUUGAGGUUAAGAAAAUUCAAGCUGUUUUGAAGGGGAACAAAGAUAAAAUUCCAAAUGUCAGAGACAUGAGAAAAGUUGCAAACCCUGUCAACGGGAGAGUAAAAGCUAAAACGGUGACUGAGGUGCGCACGAGGAAUGCUUACAACUCCAAGAUUGAGGGUAAAGCUGCUGCUGCAUCAUCCAGUGGCCAGGAACUUUUAAAGUCCAAAAAGGUUCUACUCCAAACAGCCCAGAAAAGUUCUUUGAAUCAGUCAAAAAUUGCUGCUCAAGGCGUCAAGGUGAAAGUUGGGAGCAGCCAGUUUAAUAAAUCUACGUGCAGCGGAAAGGAGAACAUGCAAGGCAGAACAGUUUUCAGUCAUAGAUCUGGUAGUAAAGCCAGUCUGCCUGUUGUAAGAGUAUCAGAUCACAAGGUAACCAAAUUGAAGUCAAUAAACAAAGUUGGAGUAACAACAAUUGAUUCAAAGGUGAGGAUCUGUGAGAUGAAUGAAGAUAGCAUAGCCUUAUUAGAUACUCGGGUUCAUCUUAGAUGAGGAAUGCUGACGGAAACAACAAGCUCUGUAAUCUGUAUAUACUCCCAUUUUGAACAUACAUACUGAGCUGUCACAAAGAUGAAAUCCUGUAUUUUGUAGCUUAUACUAUUUAGCCCGUUUUAAGAUGAGAGCUAUCUGAAGCUUGUACUUCCAUUUUGCAA